AUUCGAUCUCGCGAUCGUCAUCGACAGACAGUUCGCGAUCCCGGCAGUGGUUUUCUUUGUCUAGUUCCGAAUGGAGUAGUUCUCAACGCGGCGCCAAAAUGAGAAGGAAGUGCAGCAUACGGCGGAAGAUGUACGAGAGUUCGUGCUCCUACCAGGGGGCGCUGGAGUUGAAACGGGGAGCGUCCGCUACGUGUCCACUUGGCAUAAAAACGGAAGAGUUCGGGACGUCCGCCGAUUGGCCGGCGUACCGAUUCUGCAACCCCAGCACUUUCGAGCAGCUCAAACAGAGCGUGGAAAAAGCGAAAGCUGCUCUCCAGGAUCGGAGCACGUUCUUCGGCAACACGAGCGCGUUCAGCGACCUAUAUAACGUUUCGUCCACUGGAAAUAUCCAGGACGGCAGGCUACGCGACACCAACGACAUCGACAUCAAAAGAACCGGAAUCGAAAAAUCCACCAACAACCAUUUGACAGCCACCAAAUCUUACAGCAGCAUCACGGACACGCUGAGCAGAUCGAAAGGGGAUACUUCCUACAAAGGAUCAUGGAGCAGUCACGCAGCCUCGCAGUCCCAAGGUUACAGUGCCAACACGCUUUCAAGUAUGACGAAGGCUUCGCUCGAUCCCCACAGCCAUCUUCGACAACCGGAUCCUUAUCAAAUGUUCGGACCGACCAGCAGCCGUUUAGCGAGUUCAGGUUCCGGGCAGAUCCAGCUGUGGCAGUUCCUGCUCGAGCUGCUUAGCGACUCAUCCAACGCCGCCUGCAUCACGUGGGAGGGUACCAACGGCGAGUUCAAGCUGACCGACCCCGACGAAGUGGCCAGGAGGUGGGGCGAGCGCAAAUCCAAACCCAACAUGAACUACGACAAGCUGUCCAGGGCGCUGAGGUAUUACUACGACAAAAACAUCAUGACCAAAGUCCACGGGAAACGGUACGCCUACAAAUUCGACUUCCAGGGGUUGGCGGCGGCCACGCAGCCCGCCUCCAGCGACCCCAGCAGCUACAAAUAUCAAAGCGACUUCUUCAUGAGCUCGUAUCACCACAGCGCGAAACUCGGGAGUUUCAUGGGUCCGCACGCGACCAUCCCCAGUUCCGCAGCGUCGAUCUUCCCGUCGCCGGGAUCGUACUGGAACAGUCCGGGGGCGAACCUGUACAGCAACAUUGCGGCAACAACGCACUCGAUCGGGCACCACGCCGCCCCCCACUUGGGGGCGCCACCGCUCGGCUCGUAUCCCCACUACGCAUGACCGGCAUCGAACGCCUCGACCACCGACUGGAGCAGAAAACUAUCCAUGUGACUUUUCACGUAAUCAAGCGGUGUGAUCGGGGCGUCCUCCAAACAUUCUAGUCAUCACCAAAGACUCAUUUAAUACUUGUGUAUAGUUAGAGACGAGUGUGCAAUGGGGUUUCCGAAUGUACAUACAUACAGAGGGAGGGAAAUGUAUAAAACACACACCCCGCCACGCGGGGACUCUGUGAUAAACGUUUUAGGUAUUUUUCCGACGUGAGUCGCGUGCUGGGCACGACAGAUGGCAUCCCGACCAGCGGGAACGCUGAUCUGUGGUGCGACCGGCCUGCUGCAACGCGUUCCUUUCGAUAUUAAGAGGUGUUAACGGAACAACAUGGCACGGCGAGCAGCACGUAAGAAUUCCAUGGCGGCCACAGAGAAAACUAAUUAAAAAGAGAGCCGAGGCAAUCGGGAUCGCCGGGGAUAACCUCACUCGCGCAGAAUACUUCGUCUUUUACGAUUCACGCCAAGUUGGGCCAUAUUACCUGGAUCAUUCGCCCACUCGCGGAGAACAGACGAUCAAAACCAGCAUUCAAUCAGAGAAUACGGAAAAUAUUUCGAACUACGGUACAAAAUAAUUGCCUGCCCAACUAACAAAACUGGAUUCGUGUAUUGGCAUUUUAAUAUACAUUUUAAUUACAUGUUGCAGUACUUAGAUUCUAAUUUAAUAUAACAAUAUAAUAUAUACUCAACACACAAAAUAAAGCUAAAGGGCGAUACGAUUCGAAUGAUGGGAAAUGAAAUCUCGAAUGAAUAAAGGAUGACAGACUUUGGUAACUUGGGAAGCCGCACACACGGCGCAACGUCGCUUUUUCUUAGCCGAAUUUUUGUUUCCCUUGGCUUUUUAAAUUCAUUUUUUCAAAUGCCGUUACGCUUCCGUACGAUGUUGUUCCGCCAUUUUAAUGACUUGUAAAUAGCGACUGUAAAAUAUAGAUGGCAGUAUUCGUCGUGAGAUUAGCAACCUAGACAGUGUCGUUCCGUGUUCGGUAAAGGUACCGCAAGUCGUAGCUAGAUCUAGUCCACACAGCUAUACUAUAAAAAAAGCGCGACAUAUACCUAGAUCCGCGUACGCGGCCAGAAAACGACCGCGUAUUUUUAAGAUAUACAUAAAAAUAUAUAUAAAUGUUGGUAUUUAUUAUACAAAAUAUA